AAAAAGAAAUUGUGUAUAUAUUUAAAAAUCAUAAUAAUUAUACUGGCAGUGUUAAUCUUGAGCUAAUUUCUAUCUGCAACUUUAGCUUUUCUCAACCAAUUAAAAUAGAAACAUGAAGUCAAAAGACAAAAUUUCAUACUUUUAUGACGGGGAUGUUGGGAAUGUUUACUUUGGACCGAACCAUCCAAUGAAGCCGCAUCGGUUAUGUAUGACUCAUCAUUUGGUGCUUUCAUAUGAUCUUCAUAAGAAGAUGGAAAUUUAUAGGCCUCAUAAGGCAUAUCCAGUUGAGCUAGCUCAGUUCCAUUCGGCUGAUUAUGUGGAGUUCCUGCAGCGGAUAAAUCCGGACACUCAACAUUUGUUUCCAGAGGAAAUGAAGAAGUUUAAACUUGGAGAAGAUUGUCCUGUCUUUGAUGACUUGUUUGAAUUUUGCCAAAUCUAUGCUGGUGGUACUAUUGAUGCUGCACGCAGAUUAAACAAUCAGCUUUGUGACAUUGCCAUAAAUUGGGCUGGGGGGUUACACCAUGCUAAAAAGUGCGAGGCAUCUGGAUUUUGCUACAUCAAUGACUUGGUUUUGGGCAUUUUGGAGCUUCUCAAGUAUCAUGCACGGGUUUUGUAUAUUGAUAUAGAUGUUCAUCAUGGUGAUGGUGUAGAAGAAGCCUUUUACUUCACUGACAGGGUGAUGACUGUUAGCUUUCACAAGUAUGGAAAUUUGUUCUUUCCUGGAUCAGGAGAUGUUAAGGAAAUUGGGGAACGAGAAGGGAAGUUUUAUGCAAUUAAUGUUCCUUUGAAGGAUGGCAUAGAUGACUCCAGCUUUACUCGUUUGUUUAGAACAAUCAUUGCAAAAGUUGUUGAAACUUAUCAACCUGGUGUGAUAGUUCUACAGUGCGGGGCAGAUUCACUUGCUGGGGAUCGUUUAGGCUGCUUCAACCUCUCUAUAGAUGGGCAUGCUGAAUGUGUCAGGUUUGUAAAGAAGUUCGGUUUGCCCCUGCUGGUCACUGGAGGCGGAGGAUAUACCAAAGAGAAUGUUGCUCGGUGCUGGACUGUUGAAACAGGAGUUCUUUUAGACACAGAGCUUCCUAAUGAGAUCCCAGAUAACGACUAUAUCAAGUAUUUUGCUCCGGAGUGUUCAUUAAGGAUCCCUACUGGUUAUAUUGAAAAUUUCAAUAGCAAGUCGUACCUAAGCACCAUAAAGAUGCAAGUUAUGGAAAAUCUACGUGCCAUUCAGCAUGCCCCCAGUGUACAAAUGCAAGAGGUUCCACCUGAUUUCUAUAUUCCCGAUUUUGAUGAAGAUGAGAACAACCCUGAUGAACGAAAUGAUCAACGCACUCAAGACAGGCAAAUUCAACGUGAUGAUGAAUACUAUGAAGGAGACAAUGACAAUGAUCAUAACAUGGAUGACAGUUAGAAACCAGAGUGGGAGUUGCUUUGGUAGAUGGUAGAAAUUAGGUUUCGUUUGAAUCGAGUCAGAAUCACAAAGAAGCAAACAACACGAGUUCUUAUUUGUGUAAUCUUUUGUUAGAUGUAAAUCAAGUUGGUCUUGGCAGAAUUAUAGUCAUAUAUUGACCAGGUUUCUUACAAGUUGCAAACAGUGUGGGUUUCAUAAUGCUCCUGUAAUUGUAGAGUGCUAACAACAUUGUAUUUUAGGAAGAAAAUCUUGUAUGCAACAUGUUUCCCAUGAAUGUGAAAGAUAUAUACUUUUACUUUGUGAACA